AUGCAGGCACCCGUUCCCUCUCUCAAGCUGAUAGAUCUCAACUAUCACUGGAACAAGGCCGGUGAGAUGGCGAAAGAUAAAUAUUGGGAACCGGAACUCUAUCACUGCGGUGCUUAUGAACGAUCUCUGGACUGUUUUCCGGUACUGCGAUCCCACUCCUACAUUAUAUACAUUCCUGCUUCAUCAAAACCUAUCUUUCGGUUUUUGCAACAUGCGAUGUAUGCCCUGUGGUACAUGUCACUUUCCGGACGCUUCAACGAGUACACCAGAUCGAAUUUCUUCCGAGGAUCCGUGUAUUUGCACCUUCUGCGCGAGGCCUUUUUUGACGAAGUCCGGGAAAAAUUCUAUGGUUCUUCAGAUCAUAGCCAGGGCCAGGGUGCACCCACAUGCAAUAAAAUGACGCGCCAAUGGUUCUCCAGUGUCCUGUUCUCAUGGGCACAAGCCACAUAUCACAAUCGCAGGAUAUCUCCGCCGGAUUCAAACUGGCUGCCACCUAAACCAAAAAAUGGGCAAACUGUGUCCACAAUAUUUGAUUGGGCAAGUUGGUCUAUGUCGCCUGAAAUCGAUCCCGUUAUCCGAUCGCUAUAUGGUUCUUUGCCUGAUGAGACCAGCGAGUCUAUGGAUUGGCUGACGAUGGACCAGGAGGCCACACUAAGUGGAAACGCUCGAGCUCCGAUGGUGGAGACGGAUGUGAAAAGCUGGCGCAAGUGCCUGAGGAUCGCCCUGGAACUGCUGGAAGCAAAUAUCCAGAAGGCUCAGGCUGAAGCCGCCACAAACGGCACGGCACAAGCUGCAGCCGAGACCGAGUUUCCAACCCCCAUGGAUCUGGAUACCCAGCCUCCGAUUCCCGGAUCCUCCAAGCGUCCGGCUUCUCCUGCAGUUGCUGAUGUGCGGAAAUCCAAGAGAGCCAAAACAAGCAAGUCAAUUCCUGAAGGUGAGAGUGACAGGAGACCCCUUGGUCCGAUUUCCAGCCAAGACAAAGGCAAAGGCAAAGGCAAAGGCAAAGGACAGGGAAAAGGAAAAGGAAAAGGAAAAGAGAAGGAGAAAGGCAAGGCCGUCGAGUCUGCAGGGCCAUCAGGGUCUGGACCGCAGUUUUCAUUCCCAGAUGCCUUGGGGUCUGGACCCGGACCUUCGUCCAGUGGCGGGAACGUUGCCACAUCUGUACUCGGUGAGGUGACCGCGUCAUCCACAAUAUAUUGGAAUGAUAUGUUAACCUCUGCUACAACGGACGGUUGGACCCAGGAGGAACAGGUCUUUGAGGUAGAACGCUUCGAAAAACAAGGAGAUCAGAGUUGGGAUGCAUUCUGUUCCAGGGUGCCAGCCAGGCCUCCCUGA